AUGAGUCAAUCUACUUCAGUUGUGAUGUUGUCACUGGUGGAUGUUCUCUCUGAGGAUGUUCUCCCUGAGGUUAUUGAUGACUCUGGACCAUCCGAUGUUGGAACCAGACUUACAACUGCUCGUGUUACCUCUGUGAGUGCAGAUAUUGUCUGCAUUGAUGAGGAGACCUAUUUCUCCCUAGAUGUUGUUUCUGAAGAAGGGACUGUUUCAGAUUUUAUGCCUUACAAGGGUGACUGGGUAGAAGUUGAGUAUUCCUGCCUUCCUGGUCCAUAUAACAUCAAGGUGCACUCAGCAAAGCCCUUAUUCUGUAAGCAUCUGGAGGAGGUCUGCAUCACCAGCCUACAGGGAAGAAAUGGAGUGGUUGACAAUACUGUCUUCUUCACUUUGGAUUCUCUGAAGCUUCCUGAUGGAUACAGUCCCCAAAAAUAUGAUAUUGUUGAUGUUGUCAUAGUGGGAAGUAUUCAGUCAUGCUAUGUUUGGAGAGCAAUUUCUAUGACUCCAGUGCCAAAUUAGUUAUAGAAAUAUAUUGUUUCCUGUUUAUGAGUUUUCUAUGAACUAUAAAUAGCCUAGUUGAACUGAAAACUUAGUAAGCAUAAGCAAUAUUUAGGCACAACUCCAUAGUAAACUCAGUUAAGAUAACAUAUAGUCCCUAGAUAUGAAGAACCCACUUUAGAAAUUACCUUAAACAUUUAGAAGCAUACUAACGCUGCCUCAUUACUGCAAGAAAGGAUUCUUAGAAAUUAUUCUGCAAUUAAAUUUAAACUGUUUUUCAUGGCAAGGACUAGAUUUUGUGGCCCUAAACUAACCAUCAAAGGUAUAAUGUUUACCUCAAGAGCCAGCAUAGAGAGCAUGUUGAUGCCAUGAUUUAAAGUUGCAUUUUGCCUUCACUUUUGUUAUAGGUUUGUUUUCUUCAUAACAUUUUCCAUUUAUUGUCCCAUAGAAAAUUGGGUAUAUUUCUUGUUUACUUAUGUUUCUUCUUGUCCAUGAUAAUAUGUAAACUCCACAAGGCAAGUUUAUAUUUUUAGUAUGCUUUUUCAUUAACACAUCACCACACACUUAAAAUAGUAUCUGGCACGACUAUGGUCAGGGAAAAUGCUAUGAAAUUCAAUAAAUAAAUGAUGUCAC